AUGUCCCACGGGCUAACUAUUGGACCGCAUCUUCUGGAAGCAGGCUCUCGUGAAGACGUCGCCAUCAAUCUCUUCGGCGACUCCUGCUCCUGCUCCCCGGCCCUGUCGAUCACGUCUACGGCUGAUGGUGAAGAAGAAGACAUCGAGUCAUCUCCGGCCCUCCCUCCGCUGCCCGCACCCGAGUUGCCAGGCCGGGUUGCGCAACUUUUGAGAACUCCGCCUUCUGAGAUUAGUGAAGAUACUCAUUUUGGCACUGCUAGCUGGGGUUCCCCUUAUCCGCGAACAGAUCAUAACCUUCGCCGGCAGAGCUUUAGCAGCGAGCCCUCGGACGACUCGCCAAUUCACCACUUGAACAUUGAGACGCCCUUCCUGCGUCCGCAGCCGGGCGAAAAUCACGACGAGCGACGACAGCCACAGGCAACUAUCAGUGCUGCCGCCGCGGUUCUUGCCAAUCGUGCCAGGAGGCAACACAGGGGCCUCACCGAGGAUUGGAUUCGCACCCACACUACUGGUGUGGUCAACGCCGAACCACGACACUGGUUCAGUGACGGAAGCGACAGCGAGCACUCUUCACUGAGCGGCUCGCAGUCGGCUUGGUUCGACGACAGCGAUCCCCGUACCCCGCGUGCUACCCAAAGACCGAAGCCUGCGUCGCGCAAGCCGUCUCCCACUCACCUCCGACGACGAUCAAGUGUUGAAACGCUGAAACCCGAAGAGCUUCCCGAGGUAGCAACGGGUAGACAACCCAGCAACAUGUCCGACGUAGAGCUGCAGAAGACCUCCCGUGAGGUCAAUCUCACACAAGAGGGUUCAUCUCCAGUUGAGCCCCGAGCUGAUAUCCCUACAGCUGAGGUUGCCGAAAAGAGCAUAAACAGCAGCGGUCACGACCCAAGUAGAGAGCCCGAGACCCCCAUCACACCCAUGAAGAACAAGGAAAAACCGUUGCCUAUGGAGCCUUUGAUGACUCCGCGAAUUAAGAAGAAGGUGCCGUGGAGAGGCAAGAAUAUCAUGGUCCUGGUUCCCCGCGACGAGCAACGUGGCUUCGCGGGAGGUGCCCCUAUGCCACUCCGACCUGAAGAAGUGGAAAGAAUGUUUUCAUCGUGGAGGGAGCUAGGUUACAGCGUGAAUGGAUUUGACCUUUUCGUGGAAGGAUAUCAACCUCUCGGCACCGAUGACUCCCAGAGCCGACAAGAUUGGCCCACGGAUAAUGACAUGGCCCGGGAGCGAUCAGAAAGAAGUUAUAAAGUCUUGUUACCAGACUUGAACGCAUGGAAAAAUUACGUUGACGAGCUUCAAGAAGCCAAGCUGCGAGCAUUGGGUGUUUCGUUCGCUGAGGAGGAGCCCCCAGAAUCUUCCGUCUCUCCACCAACGACCAACCCGUCCAGACAGGCUUCAGCGAUGUAUCCGUCUCUGCCCUUUUCUCCCCCGAUCCCCACGUCGUCAACGUCUAGCACUCACGGGCUUCCGGGUUAUCCAUUCCCUGCGCAACUCUUGCCGGCUUCUACAAGCCCCGGCGCACCGUCUGGCGCGUCCCCGGUGUCCUUUGCUCCCGGGAAGUUUAAUCCUCGCCAGUCGAUCUCUUUACCAACUGGUAAUUCACCCUUCCAGCUUGCUCAUCAGCCACAGGGCUGGUCCAACCCAGCUGGUAUUUUGCAGGGGUUGAAUCGUAAUGACUCGCCUCUUGCAAGCCUGAAUGGAAUUUUGUCUCCGCAGUCACCGUAUGGCUUCGAUGGCCUUCAACAAUCUGCAAGUCCUGUCUUCAAUCCUCACCAGCGUCACCAGUCUUUGCAAUACUUCCCUCAGCAGAUGGCAUCCAUUGCGUCCCCGCGGCUACAGGAUGUACGCGAGGAUGAUGAGGAUGAUUUGAGCAAAAGUCCCUCCAAGACCCCAGAACCUACUGCCCGCAAUAGUGGCGACACUCUGCAAGCAGAGAUUGACGACGCUGAAUAUCAUCUUGAGGAGCAACUCCGCAAUCAACUCGAACACGAGGACUACAACCCUCGGUCUACAGUGACGAAGCCCUUCGCUCCCAUGCAAGGUCUUAAUAAGCCAUCUCAUGGACUGACGAUCGCCGAGCGUUUUGCUAAUGAACCUGGCAAACCCAUGGAGCUGCACCAUCCCAGACCUCAUUCUAGAGGACACUCACUGACACAAACCUUCUUUCAAGAGCAAAUCGACGAGCAAGGCCUGGGCAAGCUGGGUUCUUUGAAGGAGCUACCAGAGACACAAAAGGAUGAGGAUGAAGCCCAAGAGAUCGAGACAAAUCCCAGUGAUUUGGGAACCCCUGUACAGGACUUUACUUUCUCUGCCGCCUUUGGACAACACCAAAAGACGUUUUCUACUGUCAGUAACCCAUGGCAGGAUCAAGACUCCGGUGCUGCUAGCACCAGACGAUCCAGCCACGGUAGCAAGCCAUCUUUAUCGAAACUCAACGUCCAGGCGCCUGAAUUCAAGUUCAACCCUGAAAGCACCUUUACUCCGGGUGGCAUGUACAAUUUCACAGGUGGCUUCCAGCCGGCAGCCUUCCAGUCAGGUGUUAAGGAGGUCCCUACGUCUCUGGAACCAAUCAACCCUGUCCCACAGUUCGGCACAUCCAAGAUGCAUGCCAGUGCACCCUCGUUCUCUCCUGGACGAGGCGUUUUCAGUUUUUCAACCUCGGGGCCCAAGUUUCGACCCGACGCCCCAUCAUUCACACCUUUCCAGCCGUUGGUCACCAGCCCGGCAGGUGGACGUGGUCACGCUGCUCGUCAAGAUUCCAUCUUUGGCAACGUUACCAUUCCAGCGCGAGACAUUGUGCGCCCAGCGAAGAAGUCCAAGGCCAUACCCAUUGUCAGACCUUCCAGCAGAUCCUCUGCCCAAUCUCCCCGUUCUGAAGACGAUAAUCUCCGCGAAGGUCCCGACGGCCACCUGGUGGACGAAUCCAGAGUCAAGCGUGCCAAGAGUUCCGCACCUGAUGGUGAUAUGUUGCCUACGUUUGCUGAACGCCCCGAAGAAGAGGAAGAAGACGUCAAGCCUGAUCACGUGAGUGAAGUCAAGGAUGAUAAUAGUGAUGCGGAAGAAGGCUCUACGUAUGGGGAACAGACACAGCUCGGGGAUACCUCAUUGUCUUCGGUAAUCACUUCUGAUCAUGUUGACACCAAGGCUACGACGGCAGCUCCAUCUGAAACCUCAACUGCCGAAGAGACCGAAGAGACAGCCAGGAACCCUCUCCACUUGGAGUUUGAACCAGAAGUUGCCACGCGGGUCUCGCCAUCGAGUGGCCUGUCCGGACACAGGACCAGAGGAAGCGAAGAACGAAAGUCCCCGUCGGCCACUGCUGUGCCAUUCAUCCCUGGUAGCGCAUCGCCAGCUGCUUACCUUCCAAGCCCCGGCAGCAGUAAACUGGAGGAAGAUCCCGCUCAAGAAGUUGCACAAGAGGAAGCUGCCGCCGGGUCUACACUUCAGGCUCCCCGUGUUAAGCUCACGCCCAAGCCUAGGGGCCUUGCUGCAUCCCGAUUUGCGAGGCCCCAAUCGCCUGAUCUCGUCCAGCAGCUUCAUGUUAUCCAGUCCAUUGAGGACGAAGCUGUCACGCUCUCAAUGCCGGAACUUGCAGUUGUUCCUAAUGCCUCCCAGGACAAGCGCUUGAUCGACCUUGGCGACAAUCGCGAGCCCACAUUCGAAGAGAUUGACGAAGUGAUGCAGCAAAUGGAAACAGACCCCUCCAUGGGAGUCAACAAGUUGCCCCAGCCCCCGAACUGGCAGCCGCAGCCUAAUCAUUCACCGGAAUAUGCUCCUGCUGAGGUUCUUCAGCCACCUAUCGAUGGGUUCUCUAGAGACGAAACCGGUGUUACUCCCCGCCAGUUCGACGCCAUCUCCAAUACUACCCCAAUGUUGAGUACCGAGUUAGAAGAUCCAUUUGUGGACCCGCCCAUCAGCACCCGCUCACCUGAGCUCGCCAACGAGUCUGACGACCCCGAGAUUGCAAGCGAACCAGCUAGUGAUUGGGAGGCUGCGUUCACGGGAGAUGAGUAUGAAAAGCUGGAGAGCCGCGCUCAGUUCUUUGACGGCCGUGUCAAUGAGGUUGUUGGCUCUCUGUUGGCUUCUCGGCUAGAUCCCCUGGAGAAGACACUUGCUUCCAUUCAAGAGGCUCUUAGAAGCCGUCGCAAUACGUCGACGCGCCGUGAAACGCGUAGUACGUCAUCUGAAAUGAAGGAGAGCGACGCGGACGACGAAGACGACGAACCUGCUCCUCAGCGUUCCAUUAGCCCGCGCCGUGAUCGCAGGAUGGAACAUAUUAGACUCGCUGUUACAGAGGCCUUCGCAGCACACCAACGCAACCAGCCUAUCGCCCCAGUUAUGGAAAGAGAAGCACCCGUGUAUGAUGACUCUGCCAUCUUGAAAGCCCUGGAGGAAAUGAAGGAGCACCUCACAGCCAGUCUGAAGACUUCCUCUCUGCCAGAUGAAGAGAAGGAGGGUGAGGUACGAGGCCGAGACCUACUCACCCCCGGGCCCGAGGACCAUGCCCAGAACAAGAUCAACGAGCUUCAGGCCAUGAUGAUGGACCUCGCAGAACGACUCUCCAACGAGCAAAAGAAGACGGAGAAGGAAAUCGCCGAACGCCGUGCGGCCGAAGAUGCUGGUGCUGAGAUGAACAGGAAGCUCCAAGCCGCUGAAACUCGUGUCGAGGUGGAAAUCAUUAACCGCAGUGUUUUUGAUCAGCGGGUUGCUGAUCUGGAAGAGCGUCUGAGACUUCAAGAGGAUAAGACUGAAGAAGAAGUAAAGGCUCGACGUGCGGCCGAAGAUAGACUCGCCGAGGUGCAGCGACUUCUUCGAAUAUCUUCCGAAGAAGAAGGCCGGCUCCGCGAUGUUCUGGAUGACAAGGACCUAAGAAUCAAAAGUCUCGAACAGUCUGGGGGCAAGAACGCGAUGCGCAUGACCCUUUUGGAGGCCGCCCAGACCAAUUCGACCAAGUCUCAGACCGAAAUGACGAAUAAGUUCAACGCCCUAGAUGCUGAUUUGAAGGCUGUUCGCCAGGACAACCACCACUGGAGGUCAGAAGCCGAGAGGGCCGAUGAGACUGCACGACGAACUGCUGGAGAGCUUGCACAUGCUCUGAAUGAGAACAAGCACCUGCAGAAGUCGCUUAACACUCUGACUGCUCAGCUUGAGGAGAAUGAGAGGCUUCGUGAAUCCUGGCGAUCCAAGUUUCUGUCCCUACAGGACGACAUGGGCAAUGCUGCCCGCGAGGUGGCCGAGGAAAAUGCUCGCCACAUCAAGGGAGACCAGGCUAUGUGUGCCAGACAAGAAGUCCUCGAGGCCAGAUUGCAGGCUGAAGCAAAGACCCGUGAGCGUCUCGAGGUAGAAAUGGAACGUUUACAGAAGAAUGAGAGAGCUGGCAUGCGAGCCAUCAACGAAUGCAAGCGACUUGAGGGCUUGCUGAGCGAGCUACGGACCGACAACCACAAGCUCCAACAAGCUGCCUCACGCUACCAGCGCGAGUUUGAAGAAGCACGAGAGUCUGGCGCCAGCGAAGUCAAGCGGACCCGAAUGUCUCUGCAAACCGAAAUCGAUGCAGCCAACAACCAGGUCAAUGUCAUUCGUGAGGAAUUAGAGGAACAGAACUCCAAGCUUCGAACCGAGCUCGACAACGUCAAACUCGAAGCUGAUACUGCCAGGGCCCAGAAUGAGAUGCUGCUCGAGGAGGCUCAUUCUACAAAGGCCGUGGAGCUGGAGGCGGCCGAGCGCAAGUAUCAGAAUGAGAUUGAGGACAUGCAAGCCCGCUACGAACGCCGAGUCAACAACGCUACUGAAGAUGCUUCACGCACUGAGCAGCAACUCCUCGAAAGGCUCAGUCUCUCAUCAUCCAAGAUCGAGCACCUCCAGGACCGCAUCAUACAUCUUGAAGAAAAGUUGGAAAUCGCCAAGGAAGCUGCCGCCGCCGCCGUUCAGGCAGCAAAGACGGCUGGAGUCGAAUCUGGCGCUGCACCUGUCGUCUCCCAACCUCCACAGGCGUUGAAGUCUCUCGGACCUCCUGACAAGAUCUCGCCUCAGGCUCUUCGAGAGUCCAUCAUGGUUCUUCAGGAGCAGCUUCAGGCACGUGAACAGAGAGUAGAGGAGCUUGAGCAGUCCCUCUCCAAAGUUGAUCCUGACGCUGCUGCCAAAAUUUCAAAGCGCGAUGAUGAAAUCAGCUGGCUGCGCGAGCUACUCGCCGUAAGGCACGGCGAUCUUCAAGAUAUUAUUUCCGCCCUGUCCCGCGACCACUACGACCGCGAUACCCUGAAGGACGCAGCCAUCAGACUCCGGGCUAACCUACAGAUGGAGGAACAGGAGCGUGAGAGAGCUUUGAAUGGAGGCUCAGCUAUCAGCUUGCCCAACAUUGCUCAGAGUAUCCAAGCUGCCACGCCUCGUGUUGCUCAGACCAUUGGUCCGAUUGCCGCUGCCUGGGGCAACUGGCGCAAGUCAAGUCAGCCAAGCUUCCGCACCAUCUCUGGAGUUCUAAGCUCUCCUGUAAACGGGGGGCACUCGACACCUUCUAAGAGCAGGCGUGGCCCUUCUUCCCAGAGCAGUUUGCUCAGCGGACUUCUGACACCGCCCGCCUCGGGUCUGCGCCAAGCGCCAACGUCGGACAACAGGCCGCAACCCACAGCUUUCUCAAGCACAGGCCGUCGCUAUACCUCACGAGGAAGCAGCUCCAUGGCCCGUGACCGAAGAGGGUCCAACAGCUCUCGAAGGUCAGAGAAAGUGACGGCUUCCCCCAAUACACCGCCACGUCACAAGGAGCGUGCUGAACAACCCAGAACGCCGCCUAUGAUUCGCCAGAGCGGAUACGAUUCCGAUGCUCAACCUGGGGACUUUGACGAUCACGAUUUCUUCGAAGACGACUGA